GAUGGGCUCUCCUCGGCCGGUGACAACCCUCGGCCUGCGAUGGGGGCGGGAGGAGAGGGGGUCGGCGUUGGCUGGCAGGGUCCCCGGACGCUACUACUCCAGAAGAACACACAGGGCUUCGGCUUCACGCUGCGACACUUUAUUGUCUACCCACCAGAGUCUGCCCUGCACACCAGCCUCAAGGACGAGGAGAACGGGAAUGGAAAGGGGAGAAGUAGGUUGGAGCCAAUGGACACCAUAUUUGUCAAGAAUGUGAGAGAGCGAGGUCCCGCUCACCAGGCUGGCUUGUGUACAGGGGAUCGGCUGGUAAAGGUGAAUGGAGAGAGUGUCCUGGGGAAAACCUACUCCCAGGUGAUUGCCCUCAUACAGAACAGUGAGAGUGUGUUGGAGGUCUCUAUAAUGCCAAAAGAUGAAGACGUUCUGCAGCUGGCAUACUCCCAGGAUGCCUACCUGAGGGGCAACGAGCCUUACACAGGGGGAGCCCGGAACCUUCCGGUACCCCCGCCCCUCUGCUACGCUCCCCGCGCCAAGUCCCAGCCUCCCUCUGGGGCCCCGGCCCCCAUGGGCCAGAACCAGCUGGACAACUGGAGCCGCUGGGCAGGCUCCGCCAGCCCUUUGUCCCCCCUGGACAACCGCUCCACCGUGGGCAGCCCGGCUAGCUGGCAGGAGAGGCGGGGCGGACACAGUAGCCCCCCCCACAGGACAGAGGAGAUCCAGUACGGUGUGACCGGGCAGCAGCCUACGGGACAGACCAGGGGCCGCUCCUACUCCUCAUCUUCCUCCUCAGGAGGGCCUCUCAGCAGCCCUCUGCGUGUCCACUACGUCAACCACAAUGCCACCGCCACCACCGCCUCCUCUCAGCCCCGGAAGGGCAGCCAGGCCUGGGCCAGCCCUCUCCAGCCCAGCCCCAGCCGCAGCAAUCACUGCCAACAGGCCCUGUCUGAGUGGUACUACAGCCAAGCUGCUGAGCAGCGCCAGGGCCGCAGUGGCAGCAUGCACCAACGCCACCGCAGCUAUUCUCAGGACAGGCUGUGUGAGACAGGCUCCGGGCGCCACCGACGGAGUCCGGGCGGCUGGCCCCACAGCGCCUCCCAGGACACCCUGAUGCUACUGCAACAGUCAGGCCCCGGACCCCACGGAGACCCUUCUUGGACCUACGGAGACUGGGAGGGGGCCCGGGACCAGAGCCACCCCUCCUCCUACGGCAGCAGAGCCCGGUCGGAGAACCUGCUGGUACAGUACGACCGCUAUGGCCGUUCGAUGGAGAUGCUGGAGUCGCCCCGUUUCGAGAGGCCCGCCUGGCUGCAGCAGGCCUCACAGCAAGCACCCAGAACUGAGGCCUAUCAGAGGCAGGGGAACCAUUCCGGUGUCGCGCCGGCCCCCUCUAUGGGCCGACAAGCACAGCCGCACCACAAAACCCAAUCACAGUCCCACCCACAUACCCAGCCCCAGCCCCAACAGCCAGCCCCCCAGAGCAGACGUCUGCCCACCGGACAGAGCCUGGACGACCAGCCAGUAGGUUACCGCAGCUACAGCCCCUCCUUCAACCGCAAGACAGGCCGCAUCAUGCAGCAACCCUCCUUCAGGGACCCCUCCUACCUUGGCCCCCAUCUCAGCUGGGCCCCCACCCCCAAAACCAGCCCCCCUGAAGGUGUUGUCCCCUCAGUUCCAUCCCCUCUGGCCUCCACCACCCCUGAGCCCCUUGACAAGGCCUACCGCCCCACCAACCAUGAGAGAGGGGCAGUGGAAGGCCAGGUGGAGGUUGUAGCUCAGACCCAGGAGGUCAAACUGAGACAGAAACCCCCCACGGGGCGAAGGAGCGCCCACGCCAUGCGCCACCCCCACUACACCCUGCCUGUAGAUGGCACGGAACCUCCUGUGUUCCCCCCUGACCCCCACAACGCUGCCCCCGCCCCUCGCCCCUCAGGAGAGGGUGUCCCGCACCGUACCAAUGGCAACCUGGCCCCCCUGUCUGUAGAGGAUGACGCAAUGGCCUCCAUUCCUUUUAUAGAUGAGCCGACGAGCCCCAGCGCUGACCUCCGUGCCCGCCACGUGCCCGCCUCCUCCGUGGUGUCCAGCGGCAUGAGCUCAGCUCCCGCCAUCGUCACCAGCCCCGCCUCCCCCACCUUCACCUUCCCUCUAACCAGGCUCUUCUCACACGACUGCAGCGGUAUUAAAUCCAGUCGCCGUUCCUCCUAUCUUCUAGCCAUCACCACGGAGCGCUCCAAGUCAUGUGACGAGGGACUCAACACCUUCAGAGAGGAGGGCCGCGUCUUCCCGAGACUGCCAAAGAGAGUGAAGAGUUUCUUCAUUGAGGGGUCUCUGGACAGUCUGGGGGCAGCGGAGGAGGUGCGCUCCAAACGCCACUCCACCUCAGAGCUGGGCAGUAUCAGCUACAGUGACAUAUGGAGAGAGGGAUGGCUGCACUACAAACAGAUCCUCACGGAGAAGGGCAAGAAGGUGGGCAGCGGCAUGCGUCCGUGGAGGCGGGUCUUCUCGGUGUUGCGCUCCCAUUCGCUCUUCCUUUACAAGGACAAGCGGGAGGCGGUCCUGCGGGGCGCCACUCUGGGAGGCGAUGCUGACGAGGAGCAGCCAAUCAGCAUCCGGGGCUGCCUGGUGGACAUAGCGUACAGCGAGACCAAGCGUAAGCACGCGCUGCGUCUGACCACUCAGGACUUUUGUGAGUACCUGCUGCAGGCCGAGGACAGAGAGGACAUGCUGGACUGGAUCAAGGUCAUCAGCGAGAACAGCAAGACCGACAAUGAGGAGCUGGGAUUCUCAAGGCAGGCUCUGAUCAGUAAGAAGCUCAAUGACUACAGGAAACAGAGUCCAACAGGCAACAAGCCGGACUCCUCUCCCAGGGUGUCCCGUGCCAAGCCUUCCUUCCUGCAGGCCAAGAUGGAGAACGCUGCCGGGGCGCCGCGCUCACCCAAACCUGAGUGCAAAGAUGAGAGCAGCGCCCCUAAGUCGCCAUGGGGGAUCAACAUCAUGAAGAAGUCCAAGAAGUCAGGGCCCAAGGCUUUUGGAGUGCGGCUAGAGGACUGCCAGCCAGCUGCCAACAACAAGUUCAUCCCUAUGAUCGUGGAGAUCUGCUGUGGGCUGGUGGAGGAGAUGGGUCUGGAGUACACCGGCAUCUACAGGGUCCCAGGGAACAACGCAGUGGUGUCCAGCCUUCAGGACCAGCUCAACAAGGGGUCGGACAUCAACCCUGCAGAGGAGAAAUGGCAGGACCUGAACGUGAUCAGCAGCUUGCUCAAGUCUUUCUUCAGGAAACUUCCGGAGCCUCUCUUCACUGAUGAUAAGUACAAUGACUUCAUCGACGCUAACCGGAUGGAGAAUGCCGGGGACCGGCUAAAGACCAUGAAAAAACUGAUCCGUGACUUACCAGACCAUUACUACCACACUCUCAAGUUCCUGGUUGGCCAUCUGAAGACGGUAGCUGACCACUGUGAGAAAAACAAGAUGGAACCUCGUAACUUGGCCUUGGUGUUCGGGCCCACGCUGGUGCGGACGUCUGAAGACAACAUGACAGACAUGGUGACUCACAUGCCUGACCGCUACAAGAUAGUAGAGACGCUCAUCCAACAUUAUCUCUGGUUUUUCAGUGAGGACCUGGACAAGGAUGAGAAGACUCCAGUAGACACGAAGGACCUGGUGCCUGCCCCCAAUAUUGACCACUUGCUCUCCAACAUCGGCAGGACCGCUCUGCUAGGGGAGGCGUCAGACUCAACCAACAGUGACUCAGCUAAAUCUAAGGGGUCGUGGGGGUCAAAGCGAGACCUCACUGCCAAGGACUUUCUGACCCUGUCCAUCAUGUCCGCCGUCACCGGACGCAAGCGCAGGAAUCGCCACAAUGGCCGCCUUGUGGGCAGCAGCACGGACGACGACUCGGAGCACGAGCCAAUCAAAGUCAGCCACCUGGGGGCGGAGGAGGGAGAAGAGGCGGGGCUGGUGGUGGCAGGAACAGACACCGCCCCACGAGCAGAGGGAGAGGAGGAGGAAGAUGAGGAGGAGGAAGAAGAAGAGUCUGUAGUAGAGAGAGUGAGAGAGAAGGUAGAGGAGGUGAAAGCUCCCAGCAUGCCAUGCGGUAGUGAGAAAGAGAAAGCAGGGCAGACGGUGAUGCUGCUCCCUGAGGAAGAGGCGGUGACAGCGGAGGUGAAAGGCAGGGUGUGGCGGGGGCCAGAGGACGCUCGCUCUAUCGUCUCCGGUUACUCCACCCUCUCCACACUGGGGCGGAGCCUGGCGUCUGAGGGCCGGUGCGAUGAAGCUGACGAUGAGCGCAGCGAACUGGUGAGUGAGACGGACAAUGAGAGCGGAUUCGCCUCGCGCUCCCUUACCCAGGAGAGACCUGAGAAACACCCCCCUGCAUCCUUUACACCCACCCUCACACCCCCUACCCCCACACAGCCCCCCACAGCAGCACAACGAAGCUUCCUCUACACACACUACAAACCCCACCCUGUCUCCCCCACGACCCAGCAAACCACCCCCACCCCCUCCACACAUACUCAGGACCCUGGGGAGAGGAGCGAGGGUGGGGCGCGAUCCACCACCCCCUCGUCCUCCUCCUCCUCCACCACCCACAGACUGCACACCCGACCCUCCUUCAACUCCCACAAGCUGAUCCAGUGUGACACGCUAGCCAGGAAGAAGCUAAAGGACAGAGGGAAGACCAAGGCUCAUUCUCUGGACCUGCUGGACCUCCCUGGGCCUUCAGGAGAGGAGGGAGCUGGGGCACCAGGGGCCCAGAGGAACCGAUCCAGGACCAACCCUUCCUCAGGGAGCAGCCAGGAGAGCCUACGUCCACCCCGGCCCAAAGAAGCCCUGCCCCCCAGCGAGGCUGCCUCUUUCACCCCCAGCGGGACAGGGCAGGGUCAGGGGCGAGGGUCUCUGGCUGACCAGGUGCGUGCGCGCCUGCUGGGCUCGGCUGAUGACCUGCGUAUCGUGGGGCUGAGGAAGCCACUCUCCCCGGAGACGAGGAGGAAGAGACGGGCUUGGAGAAGACACACUGUGGUGGUCUCACCUACCGAGUCGGGCGACAAGAGGCCUGCGCUAGCCACCAACAAGUUCCCCAUGUCGCUGGCCACUUCCAACCAGGGCAAACCACAGGGAUCACCCCUCGACCACCAGGAGCUUGACCCAAGACACCCUCUUCCCCUGGGCCAGAAUCCCCCCGUCACACGCCGAGCACCCGCCUCCAGGUUCCAUCAGUACCUGUAAGUAUGGACAAAGACUGAUAGGCCUGUAAGUUACAAGGCCCCUGGCCUCCCUCUCAAAGUCUCCCUCCCCUGAGCUGCUGAGCCAGGGCUGCUGUGUUAGAGGGUCAGAUAGUGCUGACCCCGAGUCAGUUGCAUGAUGGCAGUGGGUAGUGGACAGCAGAGCCACAGACAGACACAAGGGGUCUUGUGACAGGUCUGAGAACAGUUUCUGGCCUCCAGUCUACUCUGUUUGCAUGGCAAGGGGCAUCCCAGUAUUUGCCAAAGCUUAUUUUGUUUGUGUUUUAAAUAAAAAAUAAAAUAAUGCAAAACUGCAAUGGGGCAGCAGACACACAGACAGACAGACCUCAUCACAGUUGAUAUUAAAGCCAAGAACUCUCCCUCAUGCAGGCAGCAGACAGACAGUGUGUUACUGAAUAAUAGGAUCCUUCCUGUCCUCUCUGUUGCUUCCUGUCUGACACAGGAAGUGGGUUGUCCUCUCCCAGUGCACAGGGAAGAGCAUGCCAAACCAAGCCUACCCAGGGUUCUUCACAGAGUGACACUUUCAACAGGACUGUGAGCUCUCUCUCUCUGUCUUUCACACUCACACACACACACACACACACUAGCUGAGAGAUCAGCACAUACACUAUAAGAAGAGUACAAGCAGUAUUGGAAUGUGAGUUUUAAGGGAGAACUCUGUCUAACCUUUGGCCCCAGCACUGACUUCUAUAUCAGUCUUCCUUAAUAUUCUGUUACUAUGACGACCACAGAACAAAUGGCUCUAACACUCAUCUAGUUGCCAACACACAGAAAUAACAUAACUCUCACACACACACACACACACACACACACACACACACACACACACACACACACACACACACACACACACACACACACACACAUGCUCACACACACACAUGCUCACACAGCAGUAGUGGUCUGUAACCAAGAUGUUUGUCUGUCUUCGUUAAUGUUUGUCUGUCUGUACAUAUGUGUGUUUGCCUGACAAUACUCGUGAGUAUGUUUGAGUGUGCAGGUGUUUGUGUGUUGAACUAUUUUGUAACAUUUGUAAAAAGCCUUGUUAAGUUAACCUUGUAAAUAUAUAUAUUACAUUAUCUUUAUUUUUUAAAAUUGUUUUAUGGUUUACAUAAGUGCACGCAGGUGCACCAUAAUUUCCUUCAAGAUGUUACUUGAAAUGUUUCCCUUAAUAUAUUAUUUUUUGUUUUAUAUACAGUAAAUAUUAUAUAUAUAUAUUUUGUAUGAAAAGAAUAAGUACUUUUAUUGUGAUUUGACUUCUCGGAUGUACCUGUUUUUAAAACAAACAAAUAAGAAACAUCCUGAACCUGA